UGGGAGAGCCCGCUCUGUGAGAGAAGCAGCGGCCGCGGAGAGGAUGGAGAAGAAGAUGGAGGAGAAGAAGAUGAAGAAGAUGGAGAAGAGGAUGGAGAAGAGGAUGGAGAAGAAGAGGAUGGAGAAGAAGAAGAUGGAGAAGAAGAGGAUGGAAGGGAAGAAGAUGGAGAAGAAGAGGAUGGAGGAGAAGAAGAUAGAGAAGAAGAGGAUGGAGGAGAGGAUGGAGAAGAAGAAGAUGGAGAAGAAGAUGGAGGAGAAGAUGGAGAAGAAGAUGGAGGAGAGGAUGGAGGUGAAGAAGAUGGAGAAGAAGAUGGAGGAGAAGAGGACACUUGGACCAAAGAGGUGAGUCCAUCCUUGUGUUGCCAUGGUGAUGGAGACGGAGGUGAAGAAGAUGGAGGAGAAGAAGAUGGAGAAGAGGACCCUUUCCAGGCAGGACGAUGAAGACCUUCUAUCCCCGCGGACCAAAGAGGCUGGGGGCCCCUCGGAGGAGCGAGUCGUCGCCAUGGUUACCGCCAGAGCAUCAGCACCUUGGCUUUAGACUGCUUACUGCUUCCAGCAGCGCCACAGU